AUGCCCUUCCCGGACCACUGCUCGGAGUACCCUACCAAGCGCCAGUUCGUCGACUACCUCCAGGCCUACGCCGACCGCUCGGGAGUCGAGCCGCGCUUCAACCAGGCCGUCACGUCGGCGCGCUACGACCAGGACGCGGGUCUCUGGAGGGUGCGCGCCGAGGACAUUCUCGCCGCCAAGGACGCCGCUGCCGCCGCUACCACCGAGUACAUCAACCGCUGGCUCGUCGUCGCCACGGGCGAGAACGCCAAGCGCAUCGUUCCGGAGUUUGAGGGCGCGCAGGAGUUCGCUGGCCCUGUCUCUCCUGGCCUCCGAGUACAACGGCGAGGCGUACCGCGACAAGCGCGUCCUCGUCGUUGGAUGCAGGAACUCAGGCAUGGAGGAGAUGCCGCGAGCAUCGAGAGCAGGAGCAGGAACCGCAGCUAG